ACUAAAGACCCUAACAGGUGUUGCUGUGGCCAGCUCACCAACCAGCAUAUUCCCCCUCUGCCAAGUGUGACACCCAGCAAAAAUGGAGAAGAAAUCAAACAGGUGGAGACUCAGCCUGAAAAAUGGUCUGUCGCCAAACACACCCAGAGCUACCCAACAGAUUCCUAUGGGAUUCUUGAAUUCCAGGGUGGCGGAUACUCCAAUAAAGCCAUGUAUAUCCGCGUAUCCUAUGACACAAAGCCAGAUUCGCUGCUUCAUCUCAUGGUGAAAGAUUGGCAUCUAGAACUCCCCAAGCUCUUAAUAUCCGUGCACGGAGGCCUCCAGAACUUUGAGAUGCAGCCCAAGCUGAAACAGGUCUUUGGGAAAGGUCUGAUCAAGGCCGCCAUGACCACUGGGGCCUGGAUCUUCACUGGGGGCGUCAGCACUGGUGUCAUCAGCCAUGUAGGCGAUGCCUUGAAAGACCACUCCUCCAAGUCCAGAGGCCGAGUUUGUGCUAUAGGAAUUGCUCCAUGGGGUAUCGUGGAGAAUAAGGAAGACCUGGUUGGAAAGGAUGUAACAAGAGUGUACCAGACCAUGUCCAACCCUCUAAGUAAGCUCUCUGUGCUCAACAACUCCCACACUCACUUCAUCCUGGCCGACAACGGCACCCUGGGCAAAUAUGGCGCCGAGGUGAAGCUGCGAAGGCAGCUGGAAAAGCAUAUCUCUCUGCAGAAGAUCAACACAAGACUGGGGCAGGGCGUGCCCGUCGUGGGCCUCGUGGUGGAAGGGGGCCCUAACGUGGUUUCCAUCGUCUUGGAGUAUCUCCGAGAAGACCCACCGGUCCCUGUGGUGGUUUGCGACGGCAGCGGACGAGCCUCGGACAUCCUGUCUUUUGCACACAAGUACUGUGAAGAAGGAGGGAUAAUAAAUGAAUCCCUCAGGGAUCAGCUUCUCGUUACCAUUCAGAAAACAUUUAAUUACAACAAGACACAAUCACAUCAGCUGUUUGCAAUUAUAAUGGAGUGCAUGAAAAAGAAAGAACUCGUCACCGUGUUCAGAAUGGGUUCUGAGGGUCAGCAAGACAUCGAGAUGGCCAUUUUAACUGCCCUGCUGAAAGGGACAAACGCAUCAGCACCGGACCAGCUGGGCUUGGCGCUGGCUUGGAACCGCGUUGACAUAGCACGAAGCCAGAUCCUUGUCUUCGGGCCCCACUGGCCGGUGAAACUAAGUGUUUUUCAAUUCAUGCCAUUUAUCAUGACUUUGCACAGAUGCUGUAUCAGUAUGUUCUCUCUUGUGGCACAGAUCUCAGGAAAUUAUCUGGGGUUUCUGAUGAUCCAGAGUGUAAUCCAUUAGGAUUAUUAGGAGAUGUUGCUAUUUAACUUCAAAGGACGGGCAAGAAGUGAGAGCUACUAGCACUAAUUACGGGUUCCAACCAGAAUUCUUGAAGAAAUAACCACUAAAUAUUUUAUCGUUGCUGGUGAAAGUGGGUUUUUACCCUUUUAAAGAAAAAGAAGAA